AUGGGUAAUGCACCAUUUGUGUCUGGUAACAAGUUUCAUUGUGGUGGUGUGGAAAUGCUGAGCCUUUACCAUCCUGCUGCUGUCAUGUACUGCAGGUUCACCACACCAGCAUAUCAGAUGGCUCAAGGUAUGGUCUUUGCCACUGAGGAAAUUAACAAGAGCCCAAAUCUACUGCCGAACAUCACUCUUGGUUUUGGCAUUUAUGAUUCCUGUGAUAUUAUUGUCAAAGCAUUGGAAGGCACAUUGUGGCUGCUUUCUGGACAAGUGGGCCCGGCACCAAAUUACCAGUGCAGAUCAAAAUCCAACGUGGUAGCCAUAGUUGGAGACUCACGAUCACAAGUUUCAAUACCAAUGGCCAGAAUAUUGGGUCUGUAUCGAUAUCCUCAGGUGAGUUAUGCCUCUGGUGCACUCAGUCUUAGUGAUAAAAGAGUGUUUCCAUCCUUUGUACGCUCUUUGCCAAGUACAUACCUCAAAUAUAGUGCAUUUGCACGGAUGCUGACUCACUUUCGCUGGACGUGGGUUGGUAUUCUGGCAGAGGAUGAUGACUAUGGACAGCAAGUAAGCCAGGUGCUAAGGGAGAAGUUUGCAGCCACUGGCAUCUGUGUGGAGUUCUUUGAAACCCUCCCAGUGAUUGACAUGGACAAAAAGAUGGACUACUUAAUAAAUGUCAUCAAGAAGUCAACGGCUAAUGCAGUUGUGAUUACGUCAUCAGACAGCAGACUUUACCCACUGCUGGUAGAGAUGUCAAGGAAAAACAUAACUGGGAAAGUUUGGUUGGGCAGCGAUGAGUGGCCAUAUUCCAUUCUCUUUGCUAGAAAGGACCUUUUUCCAAUACUACAAGGAGCCAUAUGGUUUUCUGUGCACAGCUCUACAUUGCCUGGAUUCAAGGAAUUCCUUGAUGACAUAAACCCACUCAAGAAUUCAAAUGACCCUUUUACAAAACAGUUUUGGGAAACCACUUUUAUCUGCAAAUGGCCAAAGACAGAAAGCGGUGCAGAAAUCUCAGUUCAGUCAGAAGAUGGGACACCCACCUGUACAGGGAAAGAGACUCUCAAAGGACUUGAUAUUGCAUUUUUAGAUGUUCUUCACUUAGGAUUUACCUACAAUACUUACCUUGCCAUCUACGCUGUGGCUCAUGCACUUCAUAACAUGCAUUCUUGCAUUCUGGGAAAUGGGCCAUUCGUCAAUGGAUCAUGUGCAAAACAUCUGAAUUUUGAACCAUGGCAGCUUUUACAUUACAUAAAAUCUGUCCAUUUUUAUGAUUCCAUGGGAGAAGAGUUCUACCUUGAUGCAACUGGUAACCCACCAGAUGUAUACGACAUUCUGAACUGGCAAAUUACACAGCAGGAGACAGUGAAUUACGUCAUCAUCGGCAGCUUUGACUCACGUUUCCCCUAUGGCCAGGACCUUCGAAUUAACGCAAGUGCUAUCAUGUGGACAGGAGUACAGAAAAAGGUCCCAACAUCUCACUGCAGUGACAGCUGUCUCCCGGGAUUCCGAAAAGCGAGCCAGCAAGGAAGGCCUAUCUGCUGCUUCCUCUGUAUCCCCUGCUCUGAAGGAGAAAUUUCGAACCAAACUGAUUCAACUGACUGUCAGCCAUGCUCAUCUGAUUUUUGGCCCGAUGAAAAACGGGAGACUUGCAUUCAAAAGUCGAUUGAGUACCUGUCUUAUGAAGAUCCUCUAGGAACUGUCCUGGCCUUCAUCAGUGCAUUUAGUGCGUUGCUGCCUGCAGCUAUUCUUGUUAUCUUCAUCAAGAACCAUGAUACUCCCGUUGUCAAGGCCAACAAUCGAGACAUCAGCUACGUCCUUCUCAUUGCACUUAUUCUCUGUUUUCUCUGCUCUCUCAUUUUCAUUGGACAGCCAAAUUCAGUCACAUGUAUGUUACGACAAGUUGCAUUUGGCAUUGUUUUUGUCCUCUGUGUCUCCUGUGUCCUGGCUAAAACUAUAAUGGUAGUCAUAGCUUUCAAAGCUACUAAUCCCAACAGCCGUUUGAAGAACUGGGUUGGUUCAACACUUCCCAACACUAUCGUUUUCAUAUCUGUACUCAUUCAGUGCAUUAUAUGUUCUUCCUGGCUUAUAAGUUCUCCUCCAUUCCCUGAAAGAAACAUAACAUUCCAAAUGGGUAAAAUAAUAAUUCAGUGCAAUGAAGGUUCACCAUUUGCUUUCUGGUGCAUGCUGGGAUACAUGGGUCUUCUGACCAGCAUAAGUUUGAUUGUAGCAUUUUUGUCCAGAAAUUUGCCUGACAGCUUCAAUGAGGCUAAAUUUAUUACUUUCAGUAUGAUUGUGUUUGCUAGUGUCUGGUUAUCCUUUAUCCCUGCCUAUCUAAGCACACAGGGAAAGUUUAUGGUUGCUGUAGAGAUAUUCGCAAUUUUUUCCUCCAGUGCUGGCCUGCUGGCUUGCAUUUUUCUUCCGAAAUGUUAUAUCAUUCUGCUGAAACCACAUCAGAACACAAGGGAAUAUUUAAUGGGGAAAGGAGCACACGGGGAAAGGAAAAUGUAA